GACAGAUUUGAAACUUAGAUAAUUCCGUUUAGCGCUCUACGCAAAAUACGCAAUCAUAUCAUUAUGGUUCUUAUGAAUAAAUCAUUGCAAAUUUUAACCGAAAAAAGAUAACCAAAUCUAUUUCAAUACUGUUAUAAUUCACUUAGGUACAUAUUAUUAGUAAGAUAAAUGCUGAAUAAAACGGUUCAAAUCGACCACGAAAUUUAAUGUGGUGUUGUGGUCGUGAGCGCUGUCAAGUCAAACCGUAUUGUUUAUUGUGUUUAUACAUUCCCACGCAUUGUUUUUGAUAAGGGUAUACAAUUCUUGUAUGAUCCUAUUCUGAGAAAAUGGUGUUUAAAUUAAUAAGAAUAGAUGAUCAGUGCAGCUCGUCUAAAAUUCAACUGUCGACCGGUGUUCAUGUCAUUGGUAGAGGAAAGUUUUUGCACAACGAUGAUACUGACAAGAGGGUGUCUCGGAACCACGCUGAGUUAGAGGUGACUGAUGAUGCUGUGACACUGAAGGCGCUUCAUCAGAACCCUUGUUUCUUCAUUAAAAAAGACACAGAUAAAAAGGAAUUGCUGCAGCAGGACUGCACGGUGUCUCUUUAUCACGGAGACAGGUUUGGUCUCAUACCAAACCACUUCUGGUAUGAAGUUCUAAAUUGUCCCAGUCAAGGUGGAGAAGAAACUCCUAUAGUUGAUGAAGUUACCAAAGAAGUUAGGAUAAAGGAAGCAAGAGAUGUUGGAGCAUCGGAAACAGAGGAGAAUAGUGCUGAUACUAGGGACUCUGCUAAAGACAGUGAAGAAACAAUCCAGUUUGAGAAUAAUGAGGAAGAUGCAGAUCAAAACUGCUCAUGUUCACCAUCAAUAAUGAACAAUGACCAAGAACCUACAGAAGAGUAUGAAGUGCCUUUGGAUCCUGAUGCUAAGACUCCUCUCAAGAGGAGUAACAGCUUCAGGGAAACUAGUCCAAUUGAUGUAAAGAAGGUUAAGACGGAACCUGACGAUGGAGUGGAUACAGGAGCCUCAGUGGCUGGACCUAGCAAUGGACAGGCUUCAUCAGAUUCAGACAGCAAAGACAAAGAUGAUGCGUCACCCGCGAAGCCUGAUCGACCAGCGCGAGAGAGAUGCUUGUAUGGUGCUAACUGUUAUAGUUCUGUUAAAAUAACUCGACCAACACAAAUACAAUUAGAGAAGUUGGUAGAUUUUUUGGAAAAAAACCCAGGGCUUGCGAGGGGAAAUAUGAGGAGUGUUCAAGCUCGCCGGCAGACCAAGAUCAAGUGGGAGCAAGUCGCCAUUUCCUUAAAUGCUUUGGGUGGCGCAAUAAAAGACGCUAGAUCUUGGACUAAAUUUUGGUGUGAUAAAAAGUAUGCAUUAAAGAAAAGCGUUGCCCAAAGGAACGCUUCUGCGAACCGUCCUGGUGGUGGAGUGGACCUGUCGCCAUUCUCAGAGCUAGAUGAAAGACUGCUCACCCUAAUCGGUGAGAACAGCUUUGCAGAAAGUGGCGACCAGGAAUCAGGAAUUCAUCCGAAUGUUACCAUGGAAUCUCGAGGGCCGAGUACAUCCCAAAAUCCUCUACCAAGCUACGACAUACGAGCAGAACAGCCUAUUGUAGAUCGGUUGCCGAGCUUGACACCAGACUUGUCAGACACAGCUGCGUCAGCUUCCUCUCCACGAAGACGCAGCCCAAAACUAAGGCUUCGUCAAGUGAGGCCGACAAAUGCGCUGCGACAACUGCGGGCAGAGAGAGAAAGAUUAAUGAAAAUGGAAGGGAAGAAGGUAGAGACUGAGCUGAAGAAGUCUGCCGGAUUGGAUAAGCUUGUUCAGUCCCUGGAUAAUUUGGCAAAUGCUAUAAUGGUGUCUGGAGAUAAGAUCGCAGCGGCACUUCGCAGCAGGCCGUAACUCCAAGAUUGCCCUAUUUAUAUUUGACUGUUAUAUAUUGCGAUUACAUAUAUUUAUGUUAAAAUAAU